ACAAAAUGUCUGACGAUCAACUCAACCGCCCGUGGACCGCAGAGGCCAUAUCAUCUGAAGACGUUGGCAAGAAAGAAAUUGUACAGUUUCUGCAGGAAAAUGCAUCUUCCCAAUUUUUACAUGAACAUAAACUGAAAGGACAAAGUAAGAAUGUUGCCAAAACCAGCAAGAAAGAUGCCCUGAUAAACUAUUAUAAUCAGAUGUUUGAAACUAAAGCUUUCAAAGGCAAAGCUGAUGAUGUUUAUAAUGCUGCAAAUGCUGCUGCUACUGCCGAAAUGAUCUCAGACAAGGCAGCGGCUUUGAAAUUAGAACACGCUGCCAAAGAUGGAUCCCAAGAAGUACCAAGGUUUACCAAGAGAAUACUGAAGAAAGGUGAUAAAGUGAAUUUCUGCAAGAAAGGUGACAUAGCAAGAGUAUGGUAUACUGGUAAAUUAGAAAGUGGGACUGUAUUUGAUACUAAUAUACUUACAGGUAAAAAGAAAAAGUCGGCCAUGCCAUUAUCAUUCAAGGUUGGAGCUGGUAAGGUUAUUCGUGGGUGGGAUGAAGCUCUCCAAACCAUGGCUGUAGGUGAGAAAGCUGAAGUCACCAUAGAACCAAUAUGGGCUUAUGGCAAGAAAGGCUUAGAGGGAAAAAUUCCACCUAACUCAACACUGGUUUUUGAAGUUGAGCUUGUUGGAGUGGAAUAA